AUGAAGGCUUAUCUGAGAUAUGAAGGAAUUUCUAAAUUAUAAUAUCCUUAGUCUCCGCUCUAAGUGGAAUCAAAACAAUUAUUCACUCUGAUGCCUCGUCGUAAGACUGCUCAAGCGACUUUCGGUAAAAGUUUGCAUAACAACAAAUCUCCCACGAAUUUCGACCGAUAAUUCGUUUUAGAGGAGUUGAGACUCACCAAUGCAUCUCUCCAAGAAGUAAAUAAGGAAUUGCAACAAUUGAAUGAAUCCUUACAAGAGUAGGUUCAAAAACUGCAGGAAUCAAACAAGGCCUUACAAUUGUAGAUCAACUAAAUGACCAAUUAAAUUGAUGAUCUAAAAAUAAACAACCGACAUUUGAGAUCUCAAGAUAGUAGCUUGCAUUUACAUUCCAAAACUUUUGAUUAGAGAUUACAAGAUCAAAAUAACCAUAUCGGCUAUCUGCAGUUGCAAUUGAAAAAGCUAAAUGAUUAAUUAGAGCAGAAAAGAACCCUAGAAUCCAAGCCAAUGAAAAUGCAAUAAUAAGCACUUCGAGAAUUUGAUAGCAUAUGUUUAGAGAUGAAGAAUUACAUUGUUUGUAAGUUGUGUCAUUAAGAACUUAAAGAACCAGUCACUGUUAUUCCAUGUGCACAUUCCUAUUGUCGUUCAUGCCAGAAGGGUUACAUGGGACGAUGUUUCAUUUGUGGACCUGAAGAAGAAAUUGAAGCCACAUAUGCCAACCUGUUGCUGAUUCCUAUGAUCGAACUAUUCAAAAAGAUAUGUGAAAUAAGGGAAUUAUUGAAAUGAUUUUGAUAUAUUUAUUAUUAGACAUCAAUAUAUCUGGGGGCAUGGAAUGUUCCCACUCUUGCCUUAAUCCAAA